AACUCUUUGUAAUCAUGUAAUUUCAUCAAAACAAUUUGAAAGUGAGCCAGUCUUUCUUUUCUUAAACUCUUCUUUAAUUUGGUCAUAAAAAUGUAUGUGACAAAGCCUCUGUCUGUGUAUAGAAGGUCUCCUCAGUCACUGUCUCUUCCGCCCCCGGAGGGUCCAAAUUCUGGUUAUCUUGUACUCCAUGACGACGAAUCAGUCGAGAUAAACUGUUGCGGAUGUGAGGACGACGAGGUUAAAGGUUUGCCUUUCCCUCAGAACAAGGAUUUAACAGUUGGAUAUGGCUCAGAUGGCGAUGAGGUUGCCUUCAUUCCAGUGCUUAAUCAACCCUUGUCCUCCAAUCGAUACCAUGUCAUACUUCGAAGAGGGCGCCAUAAAGGGGAAGCAUGCACAAAUACAAGGGAAGAGGACACGGAUAUUGGCUGUUGCGGAGGUAAAAGUAUUCCAGAUGCUAAACCAAAGCCAUUGGAUCCGUCAGACAUAAAUCAACAAAUUGAGAUAGUUCAUAGGGAGAGAGAAAGCGGUCGUUUUUUUGCAAAGUCCGUUGAUCCAGAUGGUUUUCCUCCUUACUUCUUGAGGAGGAAAGGGUGGAACGUGAGAAUGAGCACGCAGUAUCGUUACCAAUUGGGUGAUGCCUCGGGACUCAACGCUUCGCUACGAGCUAGCCUUCCUGGGUUCUAUUUUCCAUUAUCACAUGACUGCUCUGAAGUUGUGUGUGUUGGCAAGUGGUAUUGUCCUUUCAUGUUUGUCAAGGAAGGCGGGGUGAAGUUGAAGGACCAAAUGAAAUAUUCUAUGUACUAUGAAAUAAAACUUGAGCAAAGAUGGGAAAAGAUUUUCGACAGCGUUAAUGACAACACUGAAAGAAAAAAGAAUCCUGCUGUGUUUGUGGAUGCUUUUGUUCAAAGAGAGGUGGUUUAUGUGGGUGGAAGGGAGGCCGUUUGGGAUGAAAGAAAUGCAGGUGGGGGUGAUAUGUUUGUGUGGUUUAAGAGUUUUGAUGGGGUGGGAGGGGAAACAAGUGUGGGAUUGAGCAUGAAAGUUAUUGAAAGAAUGAAAUGGGAGCAAGAAAGAGUUGGGUGGGUUGGUGGGGAUGAAAGGCAAGUGAGGAUGGAGAGAGUGGAAGAGUUUAGGGGGACGAGUGGUGGCGGGUGGAAGAGAUUUGGUUGUUAUGUGCUGGUAGAGAGGUUUGUAUUGAAGAGAAUGUCUACGACUGGAAGCGCUGCAGGACUACUCGCAUAUGAUUUCAAGCACACUCACCAGAUCAAGAGCAAAUGGGAAUGACAAAAAUUUUGUUGCUGCACCUACAUGUACUGGAAAGAAUGGACGGGAUGUUUGGUAUUAAGUCAUGGUUUUCAGACACGCUGAUCAUCAUAUUUAGGAACGAAAAAAAUCCAAUUUGUCGUGUUUUCGGGUAUACACUAGUUGUUUUAGUUACAUUGCUCUUCACUAAUAAUGCAGACUUGCAUAAAGUUUUUGUA